AUGAAAGGUACAAACAGGACUAUUGUGUCAGCACACUACAUGUAAGGAAUAUGGAUCAUGAACCAGGUCAGAAAGCAGAAGCAGAUUUUUGUGGAAGUCCUGAUGCUCUCUUGGAUGUCAUCCAAAAGACUCUCAUCCCUGGAACCUUUGUCUUCAUCUUGCUUGUGGGACUGUUGCUAAACAUCCCCAUCAUCUGGAUCCUCACCUUCCGUGUGAAGCACUGGAACAGAAGCACUGUUUUCCUCUGCAACCUGGUGUUUGCUGACAUCACAUGGAUUUUAACCCUUCCCUUCCUGAUCUACUAUCACCUCAACCACCUGCACUGGCCCUUUGGGGAUUCAUUUUGCAAGAUGACACGGACAGCCUAUCACCUGUUCUACUACUCCAGCAUCUACUUUGUCACUUGUCUGAGCAUGGACCGCUACUUAGCCAUAGUCCAUCCCCUGAAAUCUCUUUGGGUCUUAAACAAACAACACUCCUGGUUGAUUUCUUGUUGCAUUUGGGCAGUGACUGGAUUGGUCAGCCUGCCUGUUACCUAUGUUGCCAGCACCCAGAUGUGUCCAAACAACAAAACCAUUUGCUCCCUCUAUAUAUUUUCCAGCUCUACCUACAUCACCCUCCCUCUCUCUGUGAGCUGCUCUAUUGGAGGGUGUUUGCUGCCUUUUGGAGCCAUCUGUUACUGUUACUGCAACAGUGUGCGGAAACUCCAGGACACUGGUCUCCAGCACUGUCAGAAAAGGGAGAAAGUCACCAAGCUCAUGUACUCAGCUUUGAUCACCUUUGCUCUGCUCUACUUCCCUUAUCAUCUCUCCAGGAACACCUGCAUCUUCCUACGAGCCAUUUGGCCUGCUGCCACUCGGGCCAUUCAGCAGGCAGACACCUUGUUCCUGGUGAUGAUGGCCAUCUGCAGCCUUAAUACUUGCAUCAAUCCACUCUUCUGUUUCUUGUCUGGAGGAGACUUUCGAGAGGAGGUUUGUAAACUGGCAUCUUCUUUUUCUCUCAUCAAGCGAUGGAAAGACCGACGACAACUGGCAUGCAUUUACCCCAUCUGAACCCUUCUUCAAACCAAGGUCUUCCAAGACUUCAGUAACAGGGAAAGUUCUUUUUUGACUACAACUUCCAGAGUUUUUCAGCCAUCCCUGUGUGAAGAUUGGAAAGUGAUAAGAUUCACAGUCCAGAAGAGUAACUUUGCCAGGCUCUUCACUCACAAUGAAAUGACAAUGUAGGAAGAACAUGAAUUUCACUCAGUGUGCAUGUUUAGCAGAUAAUGAUAAAAUGACAAUCAUUUUUUAAAAAGAAAAUGAAAAUGUCUUCAUGAGGCUUCAAAUUUGGGCUGGAGGCUCAUGCAGACAGACUUUUUCAAUUUCUUUUUUGAGCCUCCAUCCCAAAUUUGAAGCCUCAAAGAAAUUUGAAAAUCCAACCAUUUCCAAAAUUGUUUUGGGGCUGGACAGACUGCCCCAAAAUGGUGGGCUGGAGCCACCUGUUUUUGCUCCCGAACAUUUGAUUCAUUAGAUUUUAAAAGUUGGCUUUUGAAAUGAUUUUAAAUGCCUUUUGUGGCAUUAUGUUUUCACAUACAGCUUUGGAGAAGAAAAACAAUACUAGAACUAAAUACGUCACAGCUAUUCCAUCUUUCAAUACAUGCAUACAUACAUACAUUUAAAUACCAAUAUGCCUAUAUUAACAAAGUGUAUGUAUUCUUGAGAGACUUCUUUAAAAGAAAAUUUGGUAUCAGAGGAAGAAAUAAACAUGGAAAGAAUGGGGAUAUGUCCAUGCAUCACAAAAAAGAAGAGCAAUUCAUCAUGUUUAACCAAAUGUUUUUGUUCAGAAUUAUUCACAUGUACACAUCUGAAAUGAAAUGGCCAGGCCAUGUGAACAUUACCUAAAUAAACAAAAAGAUGUUGAACCUUCUAAAAGCUACUUCAAAGCUUCAUCCAAAAUGCAUUCAGGGAUGAAGUUAUACUUUUAGCAACCUUUAUUUUUCUUAUGAUUUCCAUUUUUCAUGAUCAAACAUGUAAAUCUAUGCCUUUUCAACACUUUGGAGACAGGUUUCUCUGUUUCCUCCUUGUCUCUCUGUGUUGCUUCUUCACACAUACUCUGUAAAGAGCUUUGGUAGCAACCAAUGUUUUCCUUGCCUGUGGUGAGCAGACACAUAUGGCUGAAGUAGGAAUGGCUAGAACAUACUCCUGUUCUUUCCCAGCUCAAGGAUUGUUAAUUGGGUUGUUUACUGCAGACACACUACUGCAAUCCAAUAACAAAUGUCUG